AUGUUCUUCACGUACUACGUCUCCGAUUUCAGUCGCACAUGGGACUUCCUAUACAACUAUCUAGACCCAAGAUCCGCGCCCAAAUAUCUUACUCUGAGCAUCGAGGCGGUCAGUCUCGCCUUCUUGUCCCAUCAGGUUUCUUCUGAGACUGCAAGAGAUCUAGGACGCAGAAAGUAUUGUCAAGCACUACGAGAGAUCAACAUCGCCCUGCAGAAUCCCACGACAGCAAAAGCGGCAUCCACUUUCGAAGGCGCGUUGUUGCUGGAUCUCUUUGAGAAGAUCAUGAAGUCGGCCUUGGAGAUCAACACAUCAGGACACGCCCAUAUCGAGGGCGCUCUCACAUUAGUCAAACUGCGAGGUGUAGAGUCGUUCAAGGAAGGCACUGAGAUGCGGGCAUUGAUGGGACUUUCCCUGAACGCGACGAUAUGCUCAUUGAGCACCGGGCGAGUGGUGGAUCCUUCCAUACGACAAAUACGAGUACACGCAGCACAAUUCGUCAAUACUGACUAUCCGAAGUGGAAGCUCAGCGGGUUGAUGCUUGACAUAACUGAUCUAGCCGCAGAAAUGCGCAAGGGCUGUAUGACGGCGGAAGAAAGGAUAACGAAGAGCGAGUACUUUGAUCGAAAGCUCGAGAUUGUUGCACUUGAAGCGAGCCCGGCUUGGACGUAUGAACGCAAAAGCUUAUCUGAUUCCGAUGGAGUAAGACUGGUACCCGACGGAUUCCCAAGGGUAUACGACGUCUACCCCGAUCGCAUGAUCACCCAGAUGUGGAACGUGCUUCGCAUAGCACGAAUACUUCUCUGCGAGGAGAUCAUCCAGUCCUGUUCCGAGAGCUGUGAUCCUGAAGUUGCCGCUCAGUGUGAUCGAGCAAAUACUGCCAUCUUGGCCCUUAUCCAGGAGAUCGUCGCAUCGGUUCCUCAGAUGACGGACUGUGACCUAGUCGCAAAGGAUAAGCUGCCUAGUGGAAGCACGGGUAAACAGCAUUCACACAGCAUACCGCAUAUCCUCGAUGUCUACAUACUGAUAUUCAGCCUAUACGUUGUUGCUUGGUCAAAAAGCUGUCCACAAUCUGCUGUCGAUUGGAGUCUGAAGCAUCUGCAGCACAUUGCCGAUCACUUUGCUAUAAAAGAGGCUGCCGUCAUUCUGAAUAUCUUGAGAAAGCAAAAGAGGGAGGAGCGUAUUGAUCCAUGUCGGGGUUCACGACGAUGGAAGGCCGUGCUAAACACCCUGAAGGAGCGUCUUUCAGAUCCACGAGACGACCUUUUUACUGAAAAGAACGCCUGUGAUAUCGGAGCCUUUAGAUUUGCCGACAUGGGCGAAAGUAAGGACCUGAUCCAUCAAACACAUCCAAGGCUCGUUCCAACUUCCUUGUAG